GGGGUGUGUUGUUGUUGAUUCAUCAAUUCAUUCGUUCAUUCGUUCUUUCUUGCACUUCACCCAMCCAUCAACGAAGAUCGAUGAUUGGUUUUGUUUUGUUGGAAGAAAAGUGAUGGCACUCUUUUUGACGGGGAAGAACCUGUUCGACAACGACCAUUCYCCUACUACGUACGGUACCGCAUCAUCCCCUUCAAACAAAACGACAAGAACGAACACAUAGCAACAGCAAGCGCAAGGGACACCCGACGGAUCGCAUUCCGCACCCGACUCUGAGACGGACAGCACCGAAGAAACGCAAAAAGCAGGCAGCGGCGAGUGUGGACCACCGACCAACAACACGGAGGAAAACGAGAAAGACCAUCAUGGCAGCGCUGUUCCCCCGCAAACCGCACCCGGUCCGCUUUUUCGCGAUAGUCCUUCUGCUGUUUUGGACCGCGGAUUCCUUUGUCUUCCACCGUGGCAUCCGUGCUCCGCCAACCGACUGUUGUCCCGCAAGCCCCCCGGCAACAACCGCAGCGCCCCCCCGGACGACGUGGCGGCUCGGAGCGCAGCGGCGGUCGACCAACAACAAAAAGGCCGCGGGCAAAAAGAAGAAAAAGAAAAAGAGCCCCGGCCAGGUCGGCCCCAAAAAGGCGAGGACCAAAAAGAACGAGGGGAAGGCCAAGAGGUCCCCGGGGGCCGGKGGGCCCGCGGAAAACCCCAUGGCCGCGGGGGCCCAGAAGAAGAAGCAGCAGAAGGUCGCGCCCCCCUGGCAAACCCUUAGCGGAAGCGACAUGAAGAAGAACGCGGAGGCGGAAAAGCAGCGACGCAAGCUGGCCCAGGAGACCGGCCGGCACAUGUCCCCCGACGAGCUCAAGGAAACGCAGGUGGGCUACCAGCGGUCCAAGACCUUCCUGUCCCCCCAGGACCAGGCGCUGAUGGCCUGGAAGCCCUUCGCGCUGAGCCCCAACAAGCAGGAGGUCCUUUUCCAGGGGGCCUUUCUGAACAAGCAGAUGCCGCCCCGGCUCGGAACGCCCGAGGUGGCCUUUCUGGGGAGGAGCAACGUCGGCAAGUCCUCGCUGCUGAACAAGCUGGUGGGGAAAUCGGACCUGGCCCGCGUCGGCAAGACGCCGGGGGCCACCGCGUCGGUCAACCUGUACGGGAUCUUCGAAAAAGGCAAGAAGCAGCCCGCGGCGGGYGGGGGCAAGGCCUCGAAGCCCCUCAUGGGGCUCGUGGACCUCCCCGGCUUUGGGUACGCCAAGCUCGACAAGGAGACGAAGCAAUCGGUCCAGGACACGGCCGAGAACUACCUGGCCAAGCGCAAGGAGCUGGCGCUGGGGAUCCUGCUGGUGGACAGCCGGCGCAAGCCCACCAUGGACGACAAGGGCGUCCUGGCCGCCCUGUACGACAUGGGGCUGCCCCUCAUGGUGGUGGCGACAAAGGUCGACAAGUUCUCGACGCAGACCCAGGUCGACGAGGCCCUCGGUGUGAUCAACCGGGAGCUGGGCCUCCCGGAGGGCCAGCCCCUUUGCAUUAGUUCCGUCGAGGGGACCGGGAUCAGGGACCUGUGGAGGAUCGUCAUGGAGGCCUGCGAGGGCCACGUCGGCGAGCUGAAGCAGAACGCCGAGAGCGGCGGGGACGAGGACCGGUACGCCGGCGGCAGCGACGACGACGACGGGGGCUACGGGGACGAGGACGAGGACGACGGAGAGAUUGCCUACAGCCAGGGAUACGACUGGAUCCAGGGCUCGGUCAUGUACGAGGCCGACGAAGGAGACUAURGAUACGAGAGCGACUACGGCUAUGCGGGAGACGAAGACGACGGCUACGACGAUGGCUAUGACGACGACGACGACGACGACGGUUAUGGUUACGGCGACGAUGGCUACGGCAACCCACCGGAGCUUCCGCAGCGGGAAACRCUGAAAUCCCUGAAAAAGAGGGCAAAGGACAUGGAAAAACGAGGAGAGGUAUAGCACUAAUGCCAUAUUUUAAAGAAAAAGAAAAGAAAAUG